UCCUUGUCACAACUGCUUGGAGGUGGUCAGAGCUAGUUGUUGGCAAGUUCUUCUAGCCCAGAAACACUCACGUUAUCACGGAAUGCUAAGCCAUUAUUUUAAUUCUGCUAUGGAACCAGAACCGACAAGCUCAGAAAGCAAAGGCAUUAACUGGGACAUAAAUGACAUGAAGCUUCCACAGGAUCCAGAACAAACUGACUGGUUCCAGGAGUGGCCUGAUUCGUAUGUAAAGCACAUUUACAGCUCAUCCAAUAGAAAUGCACAGAGACAUUUAAGUGGUUGGGCAAUGCGGAACACCAAUAAUCACAACUCACGUAUUCUGAAGAAGUCAUGCCUUGGUGUUCUUGUGUGUAGCAAUGACUGUACUGCCCCAGAAGGAAGAAAGGUAUAUCUGAGGCCUGCUAUAUGUGACAAGGCACGGCAAAAGCAGCAAAGUAAAUAUUGCCCAAAUUGCAGUGGGCCUUUGAAACUAAUUUCUUGCCGGGGUCAUGGUGGAUUUCCAGUUACCAAUUUCUGGAGGCAUGAAGGGCCAUACAUAUAUUUUCAGACAAAGGGAGUUCACGACCACCCAAAGCCGGAAACAAAACUUGAAUCAGAAAGUAGAAAGGUUGGGCAUAAGAAGCGGACUGCAAUUGUAACGACCACCCUUGGACUAAAAAGAAGCAGGAAUGAUGAGACCCUCACAGGUAAAAAACCUGAUCAGGAAAACCUCCCUAGCACAGUCGUUGACCAGGACUCUCAAGCUCUGCUGUAUGAUUUCAAUGACACGGACAUGGAUCACUCGGAAACGGAGAACACCCUGAACAAUUGCCUUAACAAUUAUAAUUUUGGGAAAGGUUCCAGUCCCUUGGAAAAUUGUGACCCAGUAUGGAGCAAACAUUUGAGCAGAGACACACAGAAUGACAGCAAUCAAUGCAUCGGUGGGGAGAUUAUUAAUUCAACUAUGGAAUUUGAUUUUUACAGUGAAGAUCAGCAAAUGUGGAGCAAAGUUUUCUUUGCCAAAAAUCCACAUGCACAACCACUAGAAAACCUAUGUUGGGAAAAAUCACCUCUGCAUAGCUGCCAGGCCUUAUAUAACCAACAAAUUGCUAACGUGGAACCUUCAAUAAUGGAUGGCCUUCUAAACUUUAAAUCUAAUGUAGAUAAUGUACACGAUGGGAUGUUGCAUGUGAACCAUAACAAUAGUGCAUCUACAUCAGCGGUCUACCGGCUCUGCCAGGAGGACUCCUAUCUACUUAGGUACAAUCCCAAUCAUUUUUCUCCAAUCUUAUGAAGGCAACUGAGCUCAAGAAGUGAAAAAAGGUCCUCAUUCAUUUUUCUAUUGACACCAUCUGACAGAAUUCUCAGAUUGCCUGUAAUAUUGAGUGGGUUUUCUAAAUAAUUUCCUUUUUAUCACCCAUUUGUUUUUAUACCGUCGGCACAGGCUUGUUUUAUGUGCAGUAAUUAUUCAAUAAAAAAAGAUCUAUGAUGCUUUUCUGUUCAUGCACUUUUCCAAUGUUUCUGAAAAUGUACAAACAUUAACCAUCUAAAAUCUCUGCAUCAGAAAUAACUUUGAGUCACACCGCAUUUUAUUUUUGUCAAUGAAACUUAUAAGACUAUUUGAAAACACAACUUUUCCAUCAUCACGACUCAAAAAAAAAAAAUCUUGUUUUAUUUGGUAUUUAUAAAAAAUACUUAGGUGCAAGAAUCCACACUGAACAACCUCGCUUACAAUGUCACACAAUAGAGUUGUAUUAUGGCCACACAUUGUACAAAUGAAAGGAGCAGAACAAUACACAUGGCAAUUUUUGUUAUAAAAAUGUUCAUAAACUGAUGGGAGAGAGUGUGAGCUGCUCCAGAAUCAUUUAUCAAAACAGCUGUAUUAGAUAUGCACUAUAUCCAGGAUUUGGUUCAAGAUUAAUCCAAACAAGAUUCAUAAUUGGGGGCAGAUUUAUUAUUGAUAUAUUUGAGGGUCAAUUAAUUCUCCCUACCUUUAGCUUUUUCAUUAUAUUUGUGUAUAUAUGAUUGGUUUAACUACCUAUAGUGGCCAUGAGACGGUGACAUCCAUUUGUGACAAUAUUUUUGGAAGACGAUCCAGUUCAUUGGAGUCUCUUCAGUUCUUGUAUGUUUCUGUAAUGGACUCUCCUAAUUGUUUUCAUUACUGCUUGUGCGCCUAAAGAAGACCCCUGUUAUUGUCUAUGGAGUCAAAAUGCACUGGGCUUUGUCCUAAAGUAGCUAUAAAUAAAGUCAUGAACUUGUUCCUGGUGAGUGCUCUGCUUUGAUUCUUAUUCUAUGUGCACAGAUUUGGCGAGUUUGCAGUGGGCACCACAACAUAUUUUGAUAUUUAUAUGCAGCAACACCUGCUGCAUAACUCAUUUUCUAAAUGGGAACUGUACUGAUGGGAGCAAAUGUAAAUGUUGAAAACAGAUAAAACUGUACUCAAAUGCUGAACAUGGAUCAAAUUGUGCAUGGCCACUCACAUAUGUCCAUGUAUAAGGACCCUCAAUAUACACACACACACACACACACAGUCCCCUACUGACAUUUUUACACAAUAACACCACAAGAGGCACUGGUGGAUUUAUGGGGACACAUGUCUUGCAGCAAUUACUUCCAGUUUUUGACAAACAAUAAUAAAGAUGUUAUUUCACAAAA